AUGACCACCUCAUCUCCAGAGCCAUACUGGCUCGGUCGAGCUUCGGACGAACAGAAGCGUCUGCUGAAGCAACACACAAUAUGGACUCGAAGCAUCGGCUACCUGCUCCACCCAACCGUCUCCGCAGCGUUACCAGAAAAUGCGCGGAUCGCCGACAUAGGCACGGGCACGGGCAUCUGGCCGAUAGAAAUGUCGCAAGCCUCACCCCCCGGGCACAAAAUCCACGGCUUCGACAUAUCCGCAGAGCAGUUCCCCCCCGCCGCCUCUCUACCGCCCAACGUCACCCUCGGCUACGGCGACUUCAAAGCCCCCUUCCCCACGGAGCUACACGGGACCUUCGACCUGGUCAACAUCCGCCUCAUCAUCAUCAGCCUGGGCCCAGAGGCCGCGUGGAAAGCGGUGCUGGAUAACGUUCUCGCCCUGCUGAAGCCUCGCGGCGCUCUCUGCUGGACCGAAGGCGAUUUCCUCGUCGCCCGCGCGUUUCGUGGGAUGGCGCAGAUGGCUACGCCUGGACACCAUUUGACGCGUGGGCAGGUCCAGCUUAAUAGUACGCUUGUCAGGCGGUUUGGAUACAGUUUCCCCUCGCUGUCUACGCUGUUUGAGGAUGCGGGAUUAAGGGAUGUCGAGGAGGAUGUGCUCAGUACCGACCGGCUUCCGGAGCAGAGGGGCGCGUUUACGGAGUUGGGGAUUGGGGCUGUGUUUGGCGGGUUGAAGAACCUGGCCAAGGUUGAGGGGGAGGGGUAUUGGGAUGAGGAAGAGGUGGAGAGGAGGAGGGCGUUGGCGGUGGCGGAUAAAGAAAGUGGGGCGUAUUUGAGGUGGGACAUACAUGUUGGUGUUGGAUUCAAGGCCGAGUGA